AUGUUAGGCAUCACGUCGUUUCGACAUGCUCUGUGUCACAGAAGAAAGUAUUUCAACAAUGUCAAUGGCUCUAACUCCUUAAACUCCUGCGAUGAGGUUUUGCAUAGCUGUUUCCCUGGUUCCAAGUGCUUGGACAAUCCACUGUAUUGUCCGGCUAUGCGUCAUCAAAAUAAGGAACCAAACGGCCAGCUUUAUUCUUACGUCAUUGUGGAUUCGUAUAACAUUUCACUUGCUUUCCAAGCUACCAGGUACAUAAUUGAAUUUGUAACCAAUUUGAGCUACGGUAUAUACCUGCUUUCGUUACAGGUUAAGGUUAACAUAUGGGUUUUAUACUUAGUGGGAAUUGUUUUCACGUUCAUAAUGGCCGCAAUUGAAAUCUUCAACUCCUACGUAUUCAAAUUCCUUCUUCAUUUUAGGGAUUAUAGGAUAACCAAAUGUAAUGACAUCUUUCUUUCCAUGUCUCGCAUCAAGCAAAUGUUUUAUGAUGAUAUUGCCCUCAACAUUAUUGCACAGUGUAGAAAUAAGGAGAUUUCAGUGUUCAUUUUGCGGAGUUUCUUAACUUUGUUAAAUAUAACCAUGUUCUUCACGUUUAUAAACGUAUCCUUUUACUUCGUGAAGAAAUAUUUUGUUAAAUCCGUGAAUGACGCCACUGCUGUCACUGAUAUAGAUACUGCUGGGUUUAUGGCGACGUUCUACAUAUUAUUGAAGAUCAUCAACUGUAUUCUUUUAAUACCGAUGGCGAUCAAGAUUUUGGGAAUGGGAUACGCAUCUCUUAAACGAUUAGAUGAAUUCAUAAAGGAUUGUUCUCCGAAUUUUUAUAUUUGCGAUAACAAAUUCAGUGGGUCAACCAGUGUUCGUUCAAUUAUUAGUGAUACAACUACUAAAGUGCCCAAUGAUGUUGUAGUGUACUACAAGGAUGCCACGUUUACAUGGGUCCACACACGCGAUGAUUUACUAAACAAGAAAUAUGAAAUAUAUUUGAAAAACAUCAACUUUGAGUUGAAACGUGGUGAGAUGGCAAUAGUCACAGGUUCUCAGGGUUCAGGUAAAUCCAACUUUGUCAGAUCAAUAGUUGGUGAGAUGACUAUGGUCGGUGGAUCUAUGGCAAUUGUACCACUACACACAUCAAUGCCAAUAUUUUAUGCAUCACAAGAUAUAUUUUUACAACAGGGUACUAUCAGAUCCAACAUUGCAUUUGGUUAUAAGUUUGAUGAACAACUGUAUAAAUCUGUGUUGAAGGCAGUUGAACUGGAGUAUGAUAUAUCUACAUGGGAAAAGGGUGACCUUAGAGUAGUGUCUGAUAAUGCACCUUCUUUGAGUGGCGGUCAGAGAGUGAGAAUGGAGUUAGCUCGUGCAAUAUAUGCUUAUUUGGUGUUCCAUAAAGUCAACAAGGAGUAUAACAACAGCCAAUGUUCGUUCUUGAUGUGUUUGGAUGCCUCGUUUCAUGGUUUGGACCCAUAUGUGUCCAAAACUAUAUUCAAUAACCUGUUUAACGUUAAAACUGGAUUAUUAGUUAAGGAUGACCUGUCAGUUGUUUUAACAACAUCAAAACAAACACUUGAAAUAUGUUCAAAAAUGUUAGACCAAAACCAUAUACCUAAUCCUCCAAUUUACAAAAUAAAAAAUCAGACAUUGCAAUUCCAUUCCAAUCUUCAUGACUUUGUGAACAACAAUAAUGUAGAUACUGAAGAUUACAUGUAUUUAUCGGCUAGAAGCAGCGGCCCUUAUAACAUGAGUUAUUUAAGCAAUGAUAUGUUGAGAUUAUGUUCAUCUGAUGCCACUACGAGGCUAGGUAGAAUGGAAAUGACCAGGUCCAAAUAUAGCAAGUCGUUUAAGUCAUAUGCUAAGGAUGAAUUGGCGGGUAGUAAAUAUAAUCCAUAUUUUGUUUAUAUUAAACCAGCAAUACCAUUAUUCGUUCUGUACAUGAUAUUAACUGUGGUAAUGACAAUCAUGGAUAAUGUAAAACUUGUUUUGUCAACCAACUUAUCUGACUACAUAACCAAGAAUAUAAACCAACAUAAGGAUGGUCAAUUUGUUGAUUUGUCUGAAAUUAAGACUCGUAGUAACCUCUCAUUUAAAAUAACAAUUAUAUUUGUUUCAGUUAUAAUUGUCUUGUCAUUUUUAGCCACAAUAUCAUUAUGCAUAUCAUGUAUUACUUCAUCUCGUAAAAUUCACGAAUACUCUAUAAAUUCACUUUUUAAGAACAGUUCUUCAGUAUUAAAAAUAAAGAAACAAGUCAGCCAAAUAAUAACCUAUAUUUCAUACGAUAUUUAUUUUAUCGAUGACAUAUUAGGUAUAUUUAUUUGUUUGUCGUUGCUGUAUUUACUUCAAACUUUAAUCACUAUUAUUGCCUUGUUUUAUUUGAUUCCUAUUUGUAUACCUUUCGUUUUUAUCGCAAUGGUUGUAUCGUGCAAAUACAUCCUUUUAAAGUUAAUAAAUUCAUCAAAGAACGGACAGUACGGAUAUCUGGAGUCACUAGUUUGUGUAAAUUCCGCCUGCGAAGAUGCCAUUUCAGGAUCUGCAAUUUAUAAAAAUUUCAACAAGUAUUUUGAUCUUUCCACUGAUUUUUAUAACCAGUGUAACAUAUUUAUGAGAACUAUAUUUAUGUGCAGGACCGUAUUGAUUUGGACAUCCAUGGUGUUUAAUUGGACAUUUUCUGCAACAACAUUUGUAAUGCUCGUCAUACCAAUAAUUUUAGAUCGAUUCACCAAUUACAAGUUGAAAGUUGGUUAUUUCGGAUUAGCACUAUCCUUAUUUAGCAACGUUGUCAAAUUAUUUAAAAAUUUUGCCACCGUAUACUCUUGUUUUGAAAUGGUAUUGAUUUCAAUAAAUCGUUUCAGGUAUUUCAUUCCUCCUGGCCAUAAGCUUAAAUUUGAUAAAUGUCUUAAUAUCCAUGAAGAGUACGUAGUUAAUCCUGCGAAUAAGGAUGUUCGUGAGCCUGAUAAGAAACAAUUGUUGAGGAGAAGGGCAAUUGAAUUCAAGGCUGAUAGCAAGAAGUUUUUUUGUUUAAAGAGACUUUUCUAUCGUCCCAAAUUAACCAUAGUAGAUGUUGGACAUUAUUUAACCGCUGAACAUUCAGGUGUUGAAUUGAAAGAUGUUUGUGUAUACACAACAUCCAUUCAUAAUAUUGAAGGGAUGAUUUUGAAACAUGUUUCAGUAUCAGCCCAUAAAUCUGAAAUCAUUGGUAUGGUUGGUAGAACAGGCGCCGGUAAGACAACUUUGUUGUCAGUAUUACAGAACAUAUCUACAAAUAGAACUGGUCAAGUGUUGUUGGAUGGCAAGGACCUUAAUGAUAUCCCCAAAGUUGUGCUUAGACAAAUAGUAGGUGUUCUACCACAACUGCCUUUUGUAUUUAAGGGUUGGACUGUGCGUAGAUUUUUAGAUCCCAGGAAAUUGUUCACUGAUGAUGAUAUUAAAUAUGCCCUAAACCAAUGUGGUCUUUUGAACUUUGUCUUUGAACUUCAGGGUGGAAAGAAAUUAGAUACUGUUUUAGUGCAAGAGGACGUUAGUUCAUGUUACCAACAAUAUAAGAAUAAAGCUUAUGAAAAUAGAAAGAGUGGUAAAAUAAGUAAGACAGGCUUUGAAACUGACAUGUUACUAUCCAAUAGUCAACUCAGGACACUAUGGCUUGCCAGACUAGUUUUAUAUAGACAUUUUUAUAGGAUGAUUGUUGUUGAUGAGCCUCCUGAGGAAGACCUAUUAGAUGAAAACAGUGCCAAAGACGAUAUAGGUGUUCCGAUUUAUGACCUUUUAGAAAAAUACUUUAGUCAUUGUACUACGUUCGUAACAGCACACGAUGUUAACACCCUGAAGAGCUGUACCUCUGUCUGGAUAAUACACGACGGUUCUCUAGUGAGGACCUGUAAAACCAGUGAUAUCGCAGUAAAUGAGUCUAUCGCAUCAAUUAUAGAAGAAAGUGUAAAAUAUUCACAUUAG